CUCCCCAGGAGGCGAGCUCACCCCGCGACCUUUAUCCCGCGCGUUGCGGUCAAGAUGGCGCUGGUGGCUUCUGUGCGAGUCCCGGCGCGCGUUCUGCUCCGCGCAGGGGCCCGGCUCCCGGGCGCGGCCCUCGAGCGGACGGAGCGGGCGGCCGGCGGCGGAGACGGCGCGCGGCGCUUCGGGAGCCAGCGGGUGCUGGUGGAGCCGGACGCGGGCGCAGGGGUCGCUGUGAUGAAAUUCAAGAACCCCCCAGUGAACAGCCUGAGCCUGGAGUUUCUGACGGAGCUGGUCAUCAGCCUGGAGAAGCUGGAGAAUGACAAGAGCUUCCGCGGUGUCAUUCUGACCUCGGACCGCCCGGGUGUCUUCUCGGCCGGCCUGGACCUGACGGAGAUGUGUGGGAGGAGCCCCACCCACUAUGCGGAGUACUGGAAGGCCGUUCAGGAGCUGUGGCUGCGGUUGUACCAGUCCAACCUGGUGCUGGUCUCCGCCAUCAACGGAGCCUGCCCCGCCGGAGGCUGCCUGGUGGCCCUGACCUGUGACUACCGCAUCCUGGCGGACAACCCCAGGUACUGCGUAGGACUCAAUGAGACCCAGCUGGGCAUCAUCGCCCCUUUCUGGUUCAAAGACACCCUGGAGAACACCAUCGGGCACCGGGCGGCGGAGCGUGCCCUGCAGCUGGGGCUGCUCUUCCCGCCGGCGGAGGCCCUGCAGGUGGGCAUAGUGGACCAGGUGGUCCCGGAGGAGCAGGUGCAGAGCACUGCGCUGUCAGCGAUAGCCCAGUGGAUGGCCAUUCCAGACCAUGCUCGACAGCUGACCAAGGCCAUGAUGCGAAAGGCCACGGCCAGCCGCCUGAUCACGCAGCGCGAUGCGGACGUGCAGAACUUUGUCAGCUUCAUCUCCAAAGACUCCAUCCAGAAGUCCCUGCAGAUGUACUUAGAGAGGCUCAAAGAAAAGAAAGGCUAACGAUUGGGCUGCCGAACAGCCACACAUGCCCCUGUGGGUCCCAGGGAGGUCUUAAACAAGGUAUUUUUCAACUUACAA